AUGUCGCAGACUGGUUGGUUUUUGAAGAACGGGACCGAGAACCAGUUGGAUCUGAAACUGAAAGUAUCCGAGACCUUCUACGAUCCAGACGGCAAGUUCCGCUGCGUCCGCUUCCGCUCGACCGCACAAGUGCCGCCCAACGCGGCCGUGACCUACUACAAUUUCUAUGUUGCUGUGCGUGAACCUGUUCAUCCCAAGUUGUACCGUUUCAGUGGAAAGUACAUCGCAGGUUUGGUCUUUCGCCCCUCUCUGGCAGAGAAUGCCACCAAUAGCUUCGCCCUGUCGGAAGAGCGAUUGGUGCGGCUCUUUGUGCCUUCCAAGGAGGAAAAAGAGGGCUACAGGAAUGUGGUUUGCAGUGCCGUGCCGUCCUUCGCCAAGUGGUUGGAUACGCUUGGCGGACGUAUGGGAGCUCCCAGUGAUGAUACCUUCUACUUUGCAGACAUGACUUUGAUCCCGGAGUCCCUGGCCAAAACCUCCAAUGUCGAAGACGGUGAAGUGGAUGCGGCAACAAAGCCCUUGAGUGGCACCAUGGGUUCGGCGCAGAGCUGCUGUGCCCCGGCCGACGCCGCAGAUGUCGCGGACGUCGCCGUAGAGGAGGCGCUGCCGCCGCUGACGGCCACGACGCUGUCGUUGCCGAAGCACCCCGCACUGCCAGCGGAGCCCUGCCCGGAGAGCGCGGAGACCUUGGGGAGUCCCGGCAGUCCGGACAGGGCGUCGCCCAAAGCGGCCCUGGAAAAGAUGAUGUCCGGCAGCCAUACAGAGGUGGACUACGAGAUCAUGCGUGGCAUUGCUCUCCACCGCGCUUUGCAGCGCUCAGAGUUCUGGACCUCGCCUGAUGAGAUCCGACGCACCCAUCGAGUGGCAGAGGUUUGGAGGUUGUCGACACCGGUGGACCGUUUUGAUAUUUUUUUGUCGCACACAUGGCGAUGUAAGGGCCGCUGGAAAGUCCUUGCAUUGGUGUUGCAAUCGGGUUGGCUUCAUGGCUUAUUGGCUUCUUUCCUGGGUACUGCUGUGACCCUUUCCUUGCGCGCGACGGAGUUGAUCGAAGACCCCUGGCACAACGUCCUGCUGUUGUUGGACAACACCCAAUUUGCAUCGCCGUUGAGUUUUUGGACGGUGCUGAUCUCGGGACUGUCCAUGGUCUUGGGCUUGUGCUUGUCGCCACUACUACCCUUCAAGACACAAAUGUGUUAUUUGGAUGCAGCCUGCAUCCAUUUGGGACAAGGCGAAUUGUUUGAGCGGGGGAUCUACAGCAUUGCUGGAUCUUUCUCCGUGGCAGAGGAGAUGCGGGUCUUGUAUUCAGAGCAAUACCUCUCGAGUUUGUGGUGUUUGUUCGAGCUUGUGGGAUAUCACAAAGCAAAUCCAGAGGGUCGACUGGUCUUCAAACCCUUGUUCAUCGAAAGGUCUGCCGCAAUCUGUACCUUCUUCAUCUGGUGUUUUGCGUUCUCAAUCAAUUUUGCAGUCACCUACACGGCAGAAGGAUUCAGACAGGAAUACAUUGGCGUGAUGUACCUGGUCACUUUUCUGUUGCCCCUGAUCCUGCUUGUGCAUUUUAUGCGUCGCAAUUACCGAGAAAAAGCGCGCUUGAUCUUUGACUUGAAGAAUUUCGAGCUUGACAGAACCACAUGCGCCUCUGAGUUCGACCGUUCGUUUAUCCUUAGUGCCAUUGAAGCAUGGUAUGGCACCAGGGAGAACUUUCAAAACUAUGUCCGGGGGCCACUGCGUGAGCAACUUCUUCAGUUGUUCCCAUCGCCUCAUUUGCCCUGCAGCUAUGUGGCCUUGAUUCUAUGCAGUAUGAUGGCUUAUUCCUUAGACAUUGGUCUGAGUAUCUACAAAGCCGGUGCCAGCAUGAAAGUGAUUAUGAAGCAGCUGCUGUGCAUGUUCACAUUUUUUGCAUUUGGUUUUGGGCUGCUUUCAAUGGUAUCUUCUACCUGA